ACUUUCUGUCAUUUCUGUCACCCAGUCUGACCACUCAUUGAGACUUGGGAACUCAAAAAGGGGAAAGGGGACACAAGUCCAGAAGUUAUGGGAGUGGUCGUCGCAGCCCUGAUUUAUUGCUCCUUGGUUUGAAAGUUUGAGUUUACAGUAUCUGCGUCUUUGUUCUUCUUCCAGGCGAGGUGAAGAUGGUGGACCGCCUUGCGAACAGUGAGGCUAACUCCAAGCGGAUUGCGGUGGUGGAGGGCUGCUUUGGUGCCGCUGGUCAACCGCUGGCCAUCCCCGGCCGCGUCCUGAUUGGCGAGGGUGUCCUCACCAAGCUCUGCCGCAAAAAGCCCAAGGCGCGGCAGUUCUUCCUGUUCAACGACAUCCUGGUCUACGGCAACAUCGUCAUCCAGAAGAAGAAGUACAACAAGCAGCACAUCAUCCCGCUGGAGAGCGUCACCAUCGACACGGUGCCCGACGAGGGCGACCUGCGCAACGGCUGGCUCAUCAAGACGCCCACCAAGUCCUUCGCCGUCUAUGCCGCCACUGCCACUGAGAAGUCGGAGUGGAUGAACCACAUCGGGAAGUGCGUGUCAGACUUGCUGCAGAAAAGCGGCAAAGCUCCCACAGGCGAGCACGCCGCAGUCUGGGUGCCCGACUCCGAGGCCACGGUGUGCAUGCGGUGCCAGAAGGUGAAAUUCACACCCGUCAGCCGCCGCCAUCACUGCAGGAAAUGCGGCUACGUGGUUUGCGGGCCGUGUUCGGAGAAGAAGUACCUGCUGCCCAGCCAGUCAUCCAAACCCGUGCGAGUCUGCGAGUACUGCUACCUCCAGCUGACGUCAGGGAGUCUGGCGGCGCGCUCGGACUCCAUCGGCCACUCAAAGUUCAACAGCAACCUGUCGGACGACGAGGACGAAGACGACAGCAGUGACUGAGGAGAGCAAACAAAAAAAAGACUCUGCUGGAUCCGCCGUGACGCGGCUCCUCCUCCGAGCAUUAAUUAUUCAUCAUCAGAGGCGGAGUCUCGUCUGCAAACCAAACUCUUUUUUAAUUUCCUCUAAUUCCUGUGAUUCCAGCAGGCGAAACCAGCAGAACUGUGAAAGCUGCAGUUCAUCACUACACAACAUGAUGGUGCUCAUGAGAAACUUCCCCCCCCGUACAGAUUCUCUUUUGUUUUUCAUUUUCUGUCCAUGAACUUCACAACAUGUCAGAGUGUUGUUUCUGCAGGGAAAUCAAACGUCUGCCCCUAACCUUUGACCUGCCUGUCCUCUUUAUCCGCACUUUCCCGCGCUCCGUGUCUGCAGAGAGUUAUGCUCUGCUCGCGCAAACUCGUGUUUUCUACGUACCUGACGCAAAGAAUUGAAUGCAGACACUGUCGUUGGCAUUCGGCGUUGCAGACACGGAAGACGAGAGCGCGAAUUUUCUCACGCAACAUUGAUGUACGGUCGGCGUAAGUGCGUCUGCCCCAAACCUCGGUGGAAAACGCGUGAGAACACCUUAACAGCCACGUUUUCUCGCUUGUAUGUAAAGAUCUGCGACUGGUGAUUAUUUUCAUCACUGAUUCAUCCAGCGAUGAGUUGUUUGGUCCAUAAAAUAUGUCAGAAAAUGUGGAGCAA